UCAUGCGUGCCAGCGUUUUAACUUGAAAUCGUACUUUUUGUGGUUACUGAAGCGUUUUAAAUAUUUUAUCAUGUUUUAAGCGUCCCCCUCCACCCCCUCACAUAAUUCACCCACUGAAAAUAGAUGAUGUUUUUCUGAAGACGGCAGAUGUCUGUACAAUGGGAGCGAUUGAUGGACUACUUGCUGGGUUUGGAGACGUUCUGACGGGCAUCAGACUGACUGACUCCGCCCUCCGGUACCUGUAAAUCUGCCCUAAACGCGCCGAAUGAAUAGAUCGGAUCUGAACGCAACACGUUACCGAAUGAGAGCGAGGUGAUUAGACAGCGGUCUGUCCAUCAGAGAGCGCACGGGGAGAUCAGCGCCGGACUGACGGGGGAAACGGCGGUCACGCAGGCUUUAAAUCGGGGGAAUGUUUUUCGUCAUGAUAAAUAUCCACAGUACGACAUCGUUUAAAGACGUACCGACGCUUUUCUAAUAGGAGUUUACGUGCGUUUUGAGGACGACUUCUCAGCCGCGCGUCACUGGGUGCGUGGAGAACCGAAGAGCGGGCGAGAGCAGAGAGCGCGGCGGGAGGAGUGUGCGCGCACACGGGGACACACACGCGGGGCUGUCCGCCCUGCCAAACAUGGCUGAUCGUCAGGUGUGGGGCGCUGCCGGGAUCUCCAGAAAGACGCUCGAUGCUCCCCACUGAAGAAGGUGAAGAUGACGACGGUGAUGAGAAGCAGCUCUCCACAAUAAUGAUCAAUUUCAUCGAGAAUUCAAAAGCGGGUCCGUCCUCGGUUCGGAAGAUGGAUGUGAUCAUCCCCUACACCUCUGACGUGCCCUGUGACCCUGUGAACGGCCAGAGGAUGUGGUGGGCUUUCCUCGCCUCCUCCAUGGUCACUUUCUUUGGGGGUCUCUUCAUCAUCCUGCUGUGGAGGACUCUCAAGUACCUGUGGACGGUGUGCUGCCACUGCAAGGGUAAAAAGAAGGACGUGCAGCGGGUCAGUAACCCGGUGGUCCUCAGUGACGGCGUGAUUAAAGCAGGCGGGCAGCGGGAGACGGAGGCGGCGGCCAGCGAGGUGGGAUGGAUGACCUCUGUGAAGGACUGGGCCGGGGUCAUGAUCUCUGCUCAGACGCUCACUGGACGCGUGCUGGUGGUGCUCGUGUUCGCUCUGAGCAUCGGCGCUCUUGUGAUUUACUUCAUCGACUCCUCUGACCCCAUCGAAUCCUGUCAGCACUUCGACAAGGACUUCACGCUGCAGAUCGACAUGGCCUUCAACGUCUUCUUCUUGUUGUACUUUGGACUGCGUUUCAUUGCAGCCAAUGAUAAGCUGUGGUUCUGGCUGGAGGUGAAUUCAGUGGUGGAUUUCUUCACCGUUCCGCCCGUGUUUGUGUCCGUGUAUCUGAACCGGAGCUGGCUGGGAUUGAGGUUCUUGAGAGCCUUGAGGCUGAUCCAGUUUUCAGAAAUAUUACAGUUUUUAAAUAUCUUAAAAACAAGCAACUCCAUAAAGUUGGUGAAUUUGUGCUCAAUCUUCAUCAGCACAUGGCUGACGGCGGCGGGCUUCAUACAUUUGGUGGAAAACUCAGGGGAUCCUUGGGAAAGCUUCCAAAAUUCCCAACCUCUGACGUACUGGGAGUGUGUGUACCUGCUCAUGGUCACCAUGUCCACAGUGGGUUAUGGAGAUGUUUGUGCUAAAACAACCCUCGGCCGCCUUUUCAUGGUCUUCUUCAUUCUCGGAGGAUUGGCAAUGUUUGCUCGCUACGUGCCUGAAAUCGCUGCUCUCAUCCUUAAUCGGAAGAAAUAUGGAGGGAGUUAUAACUCGACCCGAGGAAGAAAGCAUAUCGUCGUCUGCGGUCACAUCACACUGGAGAGCGUCUCCAACUUCCUUAAAGACUUCCUACACAAGGACAGGGAUGAUGUCAAUGUAGAAAUAGUUUUUCUCCAUAAUAUUUCCCCUAAUCUUGAGCUGGAAGCCUUAUUCAAGAGACACUUCACACAGGUGGAGUUUUACCAAGGAUCCGUUCUCAACCCUCAUGAUCUCGCUCGAGUGAAGAUUGAGUCGGCCGAUGCCUGUCUGAUCUUAGCCAACAAAUACUGUGCAGAUCCUGAUGCAGAAGAUGCGUCCAAUAUUAUGAGGGUGAUAUCCAUUAAAAACUACCAUCCAAAGAUCCGCAUUAUUACACAGAUGCUGCAGUACCACAAUAAGGCUCAUCUUCUCAACAUCCCGAGCUGGAACUGGAAGGAAGGUGAUGACGCCAUCUGCCUCGCUGAGCUGAAGUUGGGCUUCAUCGCCCAGAGCUGCCUGGCGCAAGGUCUCUCCACCAUGCUGGCCAACCUCUUCUCCAUGAGAUCCUACAUCAAGAUUGAAGAAGACACAUGGCAGAAGUAUUAUCUAGAGGGAGUAGCCAAUGAGAUGUACACGGAGUAUCUGUCCAGUGCCUUCGUGGGUUUAUCCUUCCCCACGGUUUGUGAACUCUGCUAUGUGAAGCUGAAACUCCUGCUGAUCGCGAUUGAGUAUAAAUCAGACCAGAGAGAGAGCAGGGGUGGAAAAUGCACUCUGAUUAACCCGGGCAAUCACGUGAAGAUGCAGGAGGGAACGCUGGGCUUCUUCAUCGCCAGUGAUGCCAAAGAGGUGAAGAGGGCACUUUUCUACUGUAAAGCUUGUCACGAUGACAUAACAGACCCAAAACGGAUCAAGAAGUGUGGAUGCAAACGAAAUAAGAAGUCCACCUACAAGAGAAUGCGUCUGGCAUGUUGUGUAGCUUGCGGUGGGGCAGAACGUGGCUGCUCGUGCAUGUCAGACAGUGUGGCUAGUAACAUGGAGGUUCUGCACCGUGGCUACCCCUUCUCUCCCGUGUCUCUGUAUGAUAACACGACCACUUUACACUCCUCUAAAAGUAACUAUAAUGGAUACAUCAAAUCAAUAGUUGAGGAGGAGCAGCAGUCGGCUCUGUCGCCCAAGAAAAAACAGCGUAAUGGAGGCAUGAGGACGUCACCCACUUGCUCGCCAAAAAUCAGGCAUGACCCGUUGUUGGUCCCAGGACACGAUCAAAUGGAAACAAUGGAUGAGAACAUAAAGAAAUAUGAUUCUACAGGCAUGUUUCACUGGUGUCCUUCAAAAGACAUAGAGAAGGUCACGCUGACUCGGAGCGAGGCGGCGAUGACCGUUUUGAGCGGUCACGUGGUGGUUUGUAUAUUUGGGGACGUGAAGUCGGCCCUGAUUGGUCUGCGUAACCUGGUGAUGCCUCUGAGAGCCAGUAACUUCCAUUAUCACGAGCUGAAGCCCAUCGUGUUCGUGGGAUCUCUGGAGUACCUGAAGAGAGAGUGGGAGACGCUACACAACUUCCCCAAAGUCUCCAUCUUACCUGGCACUCCAUUGAGCCGGGCCGAUCUGAGAGCCGUCAACAUCAACUUGUGUGACAUGUGCGUCAUCCUGUCAGCAAAUCAGAACAAUAUCGAUGACGCCUCUCUGCAGGAUAAGGAAUGUAUUCUGGCGUCUCUCAACAUCAAGUCCAUGCUGUUUGAUGACAGUAUUGGACUUCUGCAGGCCAACUCUCAAGGUUUCACUCCUCCUGGGAUGGAUCGCUCCUCUCCGGAGAACAGUCCCGUACACGGACUGGUACGGCAGGCGUCCAUAACCACAGGAGCAAACAUUCCCAUCAUCACAGAGCUCGUUAAAACAGACAAGUUGCUGCCCCUGGUUUCUCUGAGCCAGGACAAGAGCAGCGGAAACAACAUCCCAAUGAUAACUGAGCUGGUGAACGACUCAAACGUCCAGUUUCUGGACCAGGAUGAUGACGAUGACCCCGACACGGAGCUGUAUCUCACUCAACCCUUCGCCUGCGGGACAGCGUUUGCCGUCAGCGUGUUGGAUUCGUUGAUGAGUGCUACGUACUUCAAUGAUAAUAUUCUGACUCUGAUCCGGACGCUGGUGACGGGCGGUGCCACGCCGGAGCUGGAGGGUUUGCUGGCGGAGGAAAACGCUCUGCGCGGAGGUUACAGCACCCCUCAAACCCUGGCCAACAGAGAUCGAUGCCGCGUCGCCCAGCUGGCGCUCUAUGACGGACCCUUCGCUGAUCUCGGGGACGGUGGCUGUUACGGUGAUUUAUUCUGUAAAGCAUUAAAGACGUACAACAUGUUGUGUUUUGGAAUCUACCGAUUAAGAGACGCACACCUGGGAUCCCCGAGUCAGUGCACCAAACGAUACGUGAUCACAAACCCUCCGUACGACUUCGAGCUGGUGCCUACAGAUCUGAUCUUCUGCCUGAUGCAAUUCGACCACAACGCCGGCCAGACCCGCACCAACCUGUCCGCUCAGUCCACCUACUUCCCCAGCAAAAAGAGCCCGUCCGGACACUCCAUCCCCUCGUCCGCGCGGCCGGGUCGUAGCCGGAGCCGCGACCUGCGGGACAAACAGAAUGCGCCCAGGACGAAUAGAGGGCUCUCAGACAAAAACUGGUACACAGAUGAACCCGAGAACUUCCCCAGGAACACACAACUCAAACACACCAACACACACGCAGCCAAUCAGAUCAAUCAGUACAAAUCCACCAGCAACAUCAUCCAGCCAAUCAGAGAAGUGGAGGAGGAGCCUUGAGACGACGUCUGGACAAACUGAAUGUGACGCAGACUCAAUCAUCGCUGGACAUCGAGACAUCUCAACUGCUGUUGCUUCUGGACAACAAAUGGUGUUUAUCAUAGAAAUAAAAUUCUGAUGGUUUAAUGAUUCAAGCAGCCAAUAAUUCGCCACACAAAACUCUCUGCGGUCAACAGAAAUCUCAUUCAUUUUUGCUGCAAACAGCCCAUAAAAAUGUAUCCUACUUCUUCAACUUAAAUUGUUUUUUCAACUUAAACUGGGUUGAAAUAUGUUAGUAAUGGGGGUAAAAACAUGUUGCCAUGACUUAUUUACCAUAAUCAAGUGUAUUUUAUUUUCGUUCACAGUUGAGAAUGUAUUAGAUUGUGUGCGUUUUAAUCGCAUAAAGCAUCGUUCUUCCCAAAUGUACGACCUCUAGAGCUCAUUCAGAGCCGCGCCAUGACCGCUGUGAGGGAGAGACUCCCGGGCCUCAUUUAUAAAAUGUUGCGUAGAAAACGGCCAACGUUUGAUCAUACGAGCAUUUCUCAAAUUCUAAAUUAUUAAAAUCUCAAAAAAAAAAAAAACAACAACAUGCGUAUGCCUCUCUUCCAGAAGUGAAUCACAAAUUCAUCUUGAAAUUGUGCACAGCUGAAGUUACUGACAAUCCUCAUUUUGGCUGCGUGAGAUUCUCCAGCUUUGUUGUUGUUGAGCGACCGAAGCGCGAGCUGUUAAAGCUCGCCCUCUUCUGGAAAGGGGGCGGGAGCAGCAGCUCAUUUGCAUUUAAAGGGACACACACAAAAACGUUGUGUUUUUUAUCACACCCAAAUAGGAGCAAAUUUGUCAAGCUAUAAUAAAUGAUCUGUGGGGUAUUUUGAGCUGAAACUUCACAGACACAUUCUGGAGACACCAGAGACUUAUAUUACAUCUUGUGAAAAGGUCAUUAUAGGUCCUCUUUAAAAACACAGAGAUCAGCAGGAAUAUUAGGCUGCUGUCACUUUAAAACAAAUGCACAGAUCCAAUACACUUAUAUUGUACACAUCUUAAUUCACUUAAGCUAUAACCGACUGUGUUUACUAGGAUACUUGCCAUUUUUGACACGUUUUUUGAAUCUGUCUGUUCAAGCACAAAAAGACGUGAAAGAGAGCUCAUUUCAAUAUUCACACGCUUUGGAUGUUUGCGCACACAAAACUUUCCACAGGGCGCGAGUAAUGAAUUCAGUUCCCUUUCGCAUCUUCUUGCUCUUGAAUAUUUAAAUUGCUAAGGCUCAGACUCGAUGCAGCGCUGUCCCGAGCGUCAUUCACGUUUGUUCACGUUCAUGUUCUCACGAUAUUGCAUUGUUAGAUAUAAAAAUAGUUAUAAAAAUGUUGUUGUUAGCUAUAAAAAUGUUACCGGCUGACUGGCGAUUGACACCGUUUCAUACGCUGCUUUUUUACUCAUAUUUGGCGGCUGGAGAGUGUUAAUUUUAGACCCUGCCUAAAAAACUUUUUCCACAACAAGGACUGUUUUUAUAAAUAUGAAUGUUGGUGUGGAUUUCAGCGUAGUUCAGAUCUGUUUAUAAAUGAGGCCUCGCCGUGUUUUCAAUGGCAUCCGCUCUAUAAAUCAUCACUUACAACAGCCUCGCUUUCAUUCCCGUUUAAAUCAAAGAUGGCGCUGCUGUGAAUUUGGUCUAUCUAUGGACUGAUUGUUACCAACCAGUUGAGAAGCUCUGGUUUUGGAAAUAAGUAUCAUAGUUAUAGACGUACACAUAAAGAAGAGAUGAGCGUAGAAUGUACUACACUUACUGUAGAUGACAGAAAUCUCUUCUAUGAGCUAAAUAUGUAUAAAUAACAGGUUUACUAGCUGUUCGUAGGCACUUCAUUUACAACUUACCGUACAACAAAGUUGUCAUUAUGGGUGGGAAAUCCAGCUGUUUCCCUCUUCAAGCCAAAGAGCUCCGAUGUCAGAUCCGGUCGCAGUGAUAUUGGACGGCACGCGUCGCGUAGAGCGGGAACAGGUCCUCCCUCGGUCCGGCUCUCUGCCCGGCACGGGAUUGGCGACAGAACCCCAAACCAAUCCAGAUGCUGGACACAUAAAAACCUAGAAAAUAAACUCUGAUUAUAGCUGGAUGAAAUGGCAGCUUCGCCGUGUUCUCGUACCAAUGAUGAUGCAUUGUAGCAAUAAACCUGCUGUUUCGCAUUAUUUGUUUUGAUAACGAUGCUUUUUUUGUACCUCAAUUAUAAAUGGUGAGGGUUAAUAAUACAUAAUCAGCUUCAUGAACCUGCUCAGAUCUCCAUAUAUUAGUAAUGCGAGGAUGGAGGUUAAAGUUCAUGUAUGACACUGAUUAGUGCCGUUUCUGAGAACGAUUAAACGCAUUCCACAUCUUGUGCCGAUCUGCAGUAUUUUAGUGUAUUUUUAUUUAGCCCUUUGCUUUCAAUCUGAUGGUUUUUACUGUUAAUAACGAAGUGCUGUUAGUCAUUUUAUAUGCUCAGACCUGUGAAACGUGUCCUUGAGCGUCUGUGUUCACUUCUUCAGUCAUUCCAGUGUUUUCUAUAAACCUCUGAUCAGGUUAAACGUGUGCUUUAUUUAUAUAUGCGUCACGUGAGCCUUAACAGAGCUGAUCUCAGAUCAGCGGUGCCGGGCAGAACCGGACUCGAGGGAGGAACCGAAAAGACCCGCUCCAGCGAAAAGUGACCCUACAAUUAACAGAUUUCAAUAUUUAAAGACUGGAUGACUGAAAAGUGACAUGAAUUUGCUCAAGGUAUUUGAUUAAUGUGUGUCAUUUUAAUGAUUCACACAAACGAUUUACAACACAGAUGUAUUUAAAAGAAAAUGUCUUAAGCAUUCAGUGUGAAUCAUGUGGUUUAAUGAAGUGAAAACGGAUGGAAAGCUGCUGGAUUAUUUAACAUGCCACUAUAUACAUGUCAACGCAGAUAUAAAUACAGUAUAUUAUAAUGUACAAAAGGCUGUAAAUAAAAUGUACAUGAUUUUAUUUUGUAUUUUCACAGAAUAAAUAUGGAUGUAUUAGUGCUGGUAAA